UAUGGCGAAACAAAUUUUACCAAAUCUUGUGGUUAUUUAUUAAUUUCUCAUAUUCUUUUUGAUUAUCUUUCGGUGAAAGUAACAUGAUAUACAAUUAACUCGAUGAUCAGUUGAAGGAUAUUCUCAUUUUCAUCUUGUUUUAUCAUCUCUUUUCAUCUUAUUCCAACCAGAUAACCAUUAAUCUAGUUUCCAUCCCCAAUUGUGGUCAAUUGGUUGUACUUUUUUAUCCAGAUAAAAUGUCAAGUAAAUGAGAGAGAAGCAGAAACAGAAACAACCAUAGAAUCAUCAUCAUCUUGGUCAUCUCAAUCUCCAUCAUCAUCAUGGUCAUCGAUACCUAAGUAAUCUGAUUACUUGGUUAUUAAUCUAUUUAUAUGAUAAGAAUUGCGAAGAGAAAAAAAAAUCAUUCUUAAUGAUGAACAAUAUGUCAUUUCUCUGGUCAACGCAGCAUCUGAUUAGAAAUAGAACUGACCAGUUAUAAUCUAUUUCUCCAUCUUCAUCAUCUUCAUCAUCUUUUUCUUGUUCUUAUUUUUCUUCCUAUUCGAUAAAUAUUAUCAUCGUUCUCUCUCUCUCUCUCUCUCAAACACUUUUCAUCUUCAUCAUUCACACAACACCAACCAUUCAUUUCUAUUAUUGAAACUCGCUGUUAAUUCUAAUUAUCAAUCAGCAAUUUAAUCACAAUCAAUUGAUUAUUGAUUAUCUUCCAUCAUGAUCACAUCAUUUUCCAUAAUUAAUGUGAUUCCUUUGAAAGCGAAUAUAAUAUUUACUUGGUGAUCUUUUUUUGGGUCAAUUUCCACCAUGAAGCCUGAUUUUGUUCGUAUUUGGAGAACCAUUUUUUUCGGACAAUUUUUAUCUCUUCUUCUUUGUGGUACUGCGAUCACCUCACAAUUACUUCAACGUAAUUACAAUCUCGAUAUUCCAACUGCUCAAAGUUUCCUUAAUUAUUUGAUACUUUGUUUAAUCUUUACAACUUGGUUAACAUUUAAAUCUGGUCAGUCCAAUUUGUUUCAAGUAAUCAAAUCAAGAGGAUGGAAAUACUUUCUUCUCGCUGCCAUGGAUGUCGAGGCAAAUUUCUUGGUGGUCAAGGCUUAUCAAUACACUACACUGACCAGUAUACAAUUGUUAGACUGUUUCUCUAUACCAACGGUUUUAUUACUCUCUUGGCUUUGGAUUAAAGUUCAAUAUGGAAUAGUUCAUAUUCUUGGUGUUUGCCUUUCCCUCAUUGGAAUCGGUUGUCUCAUUUACUCGGAUCUCGAUGAAAGUACCAAAGAGACUGAGGUCAAGAAUCGUUUUCUCGGUGAUAUGCUUUGUAUUCUUGGUGCUACUCUCUAUGGUAUAUCCAAUGUAACCCAAGAAUAUGUUGUUAAAAGUUAUUCGAUUGUUGAAUUUCUCGGUAUGAUUGGACUCUUUGGUAGUCUAAUCAGUGGAGUUCAAUUGGCUAUUCUUGAAAGAGAUCAAGUUGAAAAACUUUUCCAACUUGAUAAAUACAUUGAAAUCUCGUUAAUUCUUGGAUUUGCUGCUUGUUUACUUCUAUUCUACAUCACAAUGCCCUUGGUUCUUCAAGUUUCAAAUGCUACAUCAGUUAAUAUCUCCAUGUUAUCAGCUGAUUUCUAUGCUCUUCUCAUUGGUCUCUACUUAUUCAACUAUAAAUUUAAUUGGCUCUAUUUUGUGUCUUUUGCAUUGAUCAUCAUGGGAGUGACCAUAUUUAAUUUGAUUCCUGCUCCAUCCAAAAUAGAUCCUAUUCCAAAUUUAACCAAUAAUCCUGAAGUCAAUUCAAGAACUGCUCUAUCCCCAGGCAAAGGAGGUUCAAGUGGUGGUGGUGGUGGUCAAGGUUUAAGUACAACAUCAUACGAAGGUGAUACAACUGAUUCUUCAAUGGGAAAAUCGAGAAACUUUUAUCCAUCCAAUUCAGCUAACAUAAUCUCCACUGGUCAAGUUAACCAUGGACCCAAUAUAAUAUUACCAAACGUCCUGGAAUUUACCCAAAGUCCAUCUCAGUCCAUUUACAAUACGUUCCCUCCACCCAAUCCUCCAUCCUCUGGAUUUUCAUCUUCUCAACAGGAGAAAGCCGAAAGUGACCUUAUCGCUUCCAUCGAAAAAAAUCAAAUAAGAUUCACUCACAAUUAUUCUGGUAAUCGAAAUUACAACAAUCAAGAAACAAAUCAACAACUUCCAACUGGAAAAAUAAUUUACCCUCAACGUAUUUGGGAAGAUCAAUGUUGACCCAUCAACGAUUAACUGAAUUAAUUGUUGUAAAAUUUUUUGUUUUUCUAUCAUUUUGAUGAUAAUUUAUAAAUAUGAGACAAUUUUCAAUACGAUUAAUGGUUUUUCCAGCCAAAAUUUAAACUUGUACUUAAUUUAAACAGAUAAACUCAACUAAUUGUAAAAAUGAUGUUAAUCAAAUCAUUUCAGAUUUACAAUUAGACUUGAAAGUAUUAAUAAUUUAA